AUGGCUCACCUUACCCACGCUCGAUCACCCACUCUUGGUGGACACUACCAAGAUCGUAAACUCGCACAUGAGACUGCCACCAACACCCGCCGCAGUGAGCAGCGCUCUGCCUCUCCCGACACAGUCGGAGGCAGCGCACCCCACACCAACGGACACAGCGGUGACCAAUCCGCUACUGAAGGCGCUGCGGACGAAGACGAAGAAGAGGACAGUAGUACUGCCAAAGACAACGAACAAGACGACGACGAGACCGAUGCAGACGUGCCGGCAUUACCCUACAGCUAUGCUAGGGGAGGCAAGGGCAAGGGCAAGCGUCCUGCCAUCCGCGUCGAACAUGCGGAUGACGAUGAGUCUCACGCGGAAGAAGAUGAAAACAUCUCUGAGCUCAUACCCAACAAGCAUCCAGUUAAUCAACUACUAAUGAGCAACAAGAAGCGCACCUUUAGCAAUCUCUCAAGCACCUCAGUGCUCUUCGGCGACGACUCUACAGAUCAGGAGUCGUUCCCCAGACGCAAGAUGGCUCGCAAACUGAGCAACGCUUCCAGCAUACCGCUGCUAACAUACAAGGAAGACGAAGAACCCCAAGUAAGCUAUGAAAACGCUAUUGAGAGCGACGAUGAAGACUAUAGCGGCGUCAUGAACAUCCCUGACGAUGACGAAUCCGACAUUGAGAAGAUGGAGCAAGAAGAAGAGAGCUAUAUCCUCCAAGAGGAGCAAUCAGCUACCAACCUUCUCAAUGAGUAUCGUGAUGCUCGACGACUCAGUCUUGAGAGUUGUUUUAGCGAUAACAUCUUCGAUGUUACCGCCCCACUAGACGAUGAGUACAUGGCAGGACUUGCCGACUUUGGCUUCACUCCUUUCUUUGAGCCGGAUGCUCUGCCUGAUUCUCCUGUUCCCAUGGCCAAGAGAAAGUUCUCAGAUGGCUCAGCCAAGCGCGUCCGCUUUGACGACGACGUUCAAGUAUCAGAUAGUUCCAGUUCGGAAUCUUCAGAACUCGACAGCAGUGUUUUCCCUGAUCUCUUCUUGGAUCAAGAUAAGAUCCCUCCCAGCUUGCAUCAACUUCUUGACAUGGACUACGAUGAUGACAACGGAGACAUGGCUUCUCCGCAGUCAGAUGCGUCGUUCUGGGACUUUGAGCAGAAUGAGUCGCGCAUCACUCAAGUUGAUGAUUCAGAUGAAGAUGAAGAGUCGUCUGGCGAAUCCAGCGGUUACGAGUCUGACAUGGGUGAUACCACUGACGAAGAAGACUUUGGAACCGAUAUACUUCCACGCACACCCAAGCAGUCUGUUCUACAACGACCGGCCUCAGCACCAGGCUCACGUGCCGGCACACCCAAGCCAUUUCAACGUAGCUCUCGUCCAAUAGGCCGUCAAAUUCCGCCAACUCGCGGCAUCUUCAUUCACGAUGAGACUGAUCAGGCCAUCGCGGUCACUAACAGGGCUACCAAGGCCGUCGCAUUCUACCGGCCUCGCACAAUGAUGAUUCCAUGGAUUCCUUUGACUGAUUAUCAAAGCAGUACAAGCGGUACCGUCAACAACAGUCCUCGCAAUUCCAUUGCUCAGCUCAACGGCUCUGACAGCGAGAGCAAUGAGGUCUUCAACAAUGGUCUCAGUACCGACAUCAUGCUCAGUGGCAUAUUUGGAUCAGCUGGGGGCAAUGACUUUACGUUUGGAAACGAGAGCAUUGGUCCUCCAGAGGCCUUCUACCCAUUCGUAAGCAUAUCUUCCAAUGGUAACAUGGGCCUCGUUGACGAAGAUGAGACGGGUUCUUCGAGCGACGAAUACGACGAUGAUCUCAAUAUCGCCGACUUCAUGGACUUUGGCGAGUCAGGGGGAGAUACUGAUCUAGACGACGACGACGAGUUCGACGAGACCGACAGGCCAGUCACGCCUGCGACUUCCAAUGUAGGACAUCACGGCUCCACCCCAGCAGCGCCUGCUACCGCCACGCCUCAUCGCAAAAGAACCACAUCUGAUGUCAUGCUCGAGCAUUUUGACCGUGGCGUCGUCACUGCUUUCCGCAGCAACCAAAACCGGUAUCGCGAUGUUGCGUCUCUGCCGUCGGAUCCUGCGGCGCGGGCCUCGGUUUCUCGUCCUGUCCGGUCUGGCAAGUCUGCCGAGGCUCUCAUUACUCCUGUCAGAAGGCGCGUUCGGUCAAACAGAGUCGCCAAGUCACCUCUGAAGAAGGACAUGACUAUGACCCGCAGCUCACCUCUGUCGGGUGUCACCAAAGCCAACUCACGGUUGCAGAAGUCUGUCUUGGAUUCGCCAAAGAAGGGACCGCCUAAGAUGGGAACCUUUUCCUGA